AUGGCCUAUCAUGUUGAGAGUCGAGUCAUGAGCUGGGCAAGAUGUUCGAUGAUGUCUCUGAUGAUGCUGACCUGGAGUGGCGCUCAGCCAGAUGUUUUGGUCUACACAGUGUUGAUGGAGCUCGGUGUUUCUCCAAGCGAAGCGGAGUUCAUGUCCCAGGACCCCUGUAGCGCCGAGGGUUUCUCCUGCGAUGAGGAUGGGCAAAUCAUUGGUUUGGUCUUCAGCUUUCGAAAACUGGGAGGCCGACUUCCCAAAGAGCUUGGGCAGUUGUUGAUGCUUCAGGAGCUAGAUCUCCCAGGAAACACGCUCAAGGGCAGCAUCCCCAAGGAACUUGCAGAUCUUCAUGGCUUGCGAAGGCUGAACCUUGGUGCAAACAACCUUGAUGGACACAUCCCGGAGGAGCUCGGAAACCUCACAGCGCUGGAGGAAAUCAGACUUGAAGGCAACGACUUGACCGGCCGAAUCCCCUGGAAGCUGGAGCGGCUGCGGAGAUUGCGAAAGCUGGAGCUGGCCUACAACCACCUCUCGGGCGAAAUCCCCAGAGAGCUUGGCCUGCUGGAGAGCCUCGAACAGCUUUCCUUGACCAAGAAUCAUUUUGAAGGUGACAUUCCCCAAGAGAUUGGGAGGCUGAAAGCUUUGGAGGUGCUUGAUCUUUCACAGAAUCUGCUGUGGGGAAAGAUUCCCAAAGAGCUUGGUCAGCUGUGGAGCAUGCGAGAGUUGGUCCUGAGCAGAUCGCGGAUUUCAGGAAAAAUUCCUCCGGAGCUUGGCCAUCUAGAAAAGCUUGAAAUUCUCGAUCUUGACCAGAACCACCUGGUUGGCCAGAUGCCCAAAGAGCUUGGGAAACUGAGAAGUCUCAGGCGUCUAGUUCUUUCGCAUAAUCGGCUGAUUGGCAACAUUCCCAAGGAGCUUGGUCAGCUGGAUGGUUUGCGGGAGUUGCAUUUAAACCGCAACCAGCUGACGGGAGGAAUUCCCAAAGAGCUUGGGGAACUUCAGCGCUUGAGGGCUAUUGACUUGUCCCACAACAAACUCAGCGGCAACAUUCCCAAGGAGCUUGGCCUGCUCGAGGCUUUGUACUGGCUUAGCAUGCAGAAGAACCAGAUUUCUGGCCAAGUUCCGAAGGAGCUUGGCCAGCUUCGGUCUUUGUAUUAUCUGGAUCUUCGAGGGAACCGGCUGCAAGGGGAGAUCCCCAGAGAAUUGGGGAACUUGGAGGAGCUCUGGUGUUUGGAUCUCUUUGGCAAUCGGCUAACAGGGAAAAUCCCCCAGGAGAUUGGCCGGCUAAAGGCCUUGAGUACCUUGGACCUGUCCCAGAACUGGCUGAUGGGUGAAGUUCCCAAAGCGCGCAGUCUAAGAGAGCUCUACCUGGGAGGAAACCAGCUGACAGGAGGAAUUCCAGAAGAACUUGGCAAUUUGCAGACCCUGCGUGCAUUGAAUUUGGCUGAGAACCAGCUGCAGGGCGACAUACCUGAAGCGAUACGGAAGCUACGAGCACUGGAAGAGCUUUCCCUGUCAAAGAACCGACUUGGAGGGAACAUGAGCAGCAUUUCACUGAUGUUGAGUUCCAUGCGCCUCAGAGUUUUGGAUGUCAGCUACAACUCUUUUCGUGGAGAGGUUGAUUUAAACCUGUCUGCGGAAUCGUGCCAGGAUCUCCAACACAUGGAUUUGAGCCACAACAAGUUUUGUGGGAGUCUUUCCAAUCUUGCAAACAUUUUUUGCAAGUUGAGCCCCAUUGGGGGAUCAUUGCAAGAGCUUCGCCUCAACCACAACAAGUUUUCAGGUGAAGUGCCAGCAUGUUUGAUGCAGUUCCGCCAUUUGACUCUUCUUGCUCUCAACAACAAUCGUUUACAAGGGUCCUUUCCUGAAGUGCAUGCUCCAGAGCUAGUGGUGCUGGCUCUGCACAAGAACAGGUUUUCGGGCACCCUUCCUAGAAGCCUUCACACCCUAAGGAACCUGGGAGUGUUGACUCUUCAUGAGAACUCCAUCGGGGGCUCCAUCAGCGACAUUCGCUUGACAGCGAUAUGCAUGGAUAACUCCAAGUUCAGGCAGCAGGCCCUCUCAUGUAAAGGUUGGAAGCGAGUGGCGCGGUUCCAGCAGCAUUUCCAACGCUUGCAACACUUCGAAGAGCUACAACUCAGGGAAAACUGCCCAACACUCUUUGGAUGCCCUUUGAAUGGCAAGGCCUACAUCACCUUGCACCGCAACCGAUUCUCCUGUGCAGUUCCUGAUCGCAUUGCUGCCAAGGCAACAGUCACUGGCCUAGUCAUCAUGGGCAACAUGCUAGGGUUUGGACGUGAGCUAAACUCUCCUUGGAUCCUGCCAGAAGAGAAACACUCCUUCCUGUACUACUCUGACGGCGUUUGGAAAUCCAAUCUGAAAGUUCUUUGUGGCGUUCUGAUAUUGCUUUCCUUUGCAGCUUUGUGCUAUCCAUGGCGGCAGAGGCUUCACGACGCAUCCCGGAACUUGACCUUGUCGAGCACAGCUUGGGUUGCAUCAUCCAACUUUGCGCUGCUGAAAACAUGCCGGAGCACCUGUUUGUUUGCCAGUCCACUUCUAUUGCUGUUGUGGCAUGGGGGCAGCUACUACGAAUGCAGCCCGCCAUUGUGGCGAACCACAUCUGCAAACUUCCAAGCUCAGCCUGUGGUGGAGCUUUGUGUGAUCGGCAACUGGUGUGUGAUGCUUUUCUUUUUUUCGGACAGUCUUGGCUAG